AUGGAAGGAAAUCAAUAUGUAGAUGAUGGAUCAGAAAUAGACAUGACAAAUGCAAUCGAUGAAAUUUGGAAAAGGUGGAGGUCACUAGAUGUUGUCGGAAAAAGAGCAUUAAAAAGCAGAGUGUGUGAGAUUGCUUAUCCGACUACAACAAAGAUGUGUCCACUGCCUGAAAAAACUAAAACCAAAGGAGGGAUUAAGAAGAAAGGGAAGAGACCUGUGGGAUAUGAUGUUUAUCGUGAUCCUUCAGGAUAUGAGUAUGUUGAUCAAGCACAUUCGAGUUCGCAAAAAAUUUCAAAGAGGUUAGGUUCACAACUAUCCCAAACCUCAAAAAAUAAAGAAUUUGAUAAAUACAUUGUACAAUUUCCAGAUUACAUCAGACCAUUUAUUGAUGACAUUGUUGAUGUAAGAGAUGAUGGAAAUUAUGGGUUUAGAGCCAUUGCAUCUUUUCAUGUUUAUGGCACAUAUGGAUGGUCAAUGGUUCGUCGGGAUUCGGAGAAAGAAAUUAUAGGUCCUAGAAGCAAGUUGUAUGAGGAUUUAUUUGGUAAACGCCUUCCAACGAUGAGAUCAUUGUUGGUGAUAGAAACUUUAGGACAACAGCCACCAAAUAAAUGGACGACGUUACCUGAGUUGGGCUAUGUAAUAGCUAAUCGGUAUAACGUUGUUCUCAUCUCUUUAGGUCACCCUAGUUUGAGUUACUUUCCUAUGACGAGUGCACAUUCACCUAAUGCAUCUAUUUACUGCAUCGGAUUUGUCAAUGGAAAUCAUUGGGUUCAGGUAAACAUGAAUGAAGGAUUCCCGUUGCCACCUGUCACAACUGAUUGGAAGAAAUAUCGCACAAAAGAUGCAACUUCUUGGAUGGACAUGCCUGAUGAUGCUGUAAGUAAUGAUGAAGCUCAUGAGAUAUAA